AUGAAAAUAUUGGGUGAAGAGAAGAUUCUGAAAGCGUCGCAAAUGGUCUUCGUCGAAUCGUUACCAGAUGAAACGAAGAAGAAAUUCAUGGAGAUCAGCUUCGACAAAGGUUUAACUCCACAAGAACAGAUUAUCGAGUACGAUAAAGUUGCUAAAACACUGUCGGAAAAGAAUCAACGCUUCUACGAGAACAUUAAGCAUCAACUGCUGAAGCGUGAUGCCGACCGGGCGGAAACGAUUGCGAAACUGGACCCAAAGUCUCGUGAAACAAUACAGAAAUUGGAGAAAAUUGACCAACAAGUGCAACAGCUCUUCCGAGAAGCAAAAAAUAAGAAACAGGUAAUAGAAAGCAUCAAAUUCAUUUCUUCAUUGUUCACUUUUCCUCAUUUCUACUGA